CCCACCCGACCCCGACGCAAAAAGGCUUCCUAUAACUAAGAAGAGAGAACAAUUUGUCUUCGCCAUCCAGGAAACAAAAAUAUCAGACCAUUGGAACUUUCUUCACGGGCUGAGAUUAAAACAAAAAAUGUUGUUCUUUUCGUAUUUUAAGGAUUUAGUAGGAAGAGAAGUGACAGUGGAAUUAAAGAAUGAUCUUGCAAUAAGAGGAACUUUACAUUCAGUAGAUCAAUACCUUAACAUAAAGCUUGAGAAUACUAGAGUAGUUGAUCAAGACAAGUAUCCUCACAUGCUUUCUGUAAGAAACUGCUUUAUCAGGGGAUCAGUGGUGAGGUAUGUGCAAUUGCCCCCAGAUGGAGUUGAUGUUGAACUUCUACAUGAUGCUACAAGGAGGGAGGCUCGUGGUGGCUGAUACGCCCUCUACAUUGUCUCCGUGGACCUGGAAGAAUAUUUGACUAAAAGGUCCUUAGUAGUUUAUGGUCUUACUCUCUCUUAUUAUGCUGCUAGACUAUGAACAGUCCAUUUUGGAAUUGUUGCUUGUAAUGACCGAUAAGGUUUAUGAUAGUUUUUCCAAUACUAUAAAUUACUGAAAGCUUCUUUUUAGUGAUCUGUUUCUGCAGCUUGAAGUUUGAGUUUCUUCUUUUUUGUCAUAUUAAAUGCAUAUUAAAUGAUGUUAAGUGUAUUUCAUGAACAGUUUUCAAAUGCGUAUCUGAUUUGUUGAG